UUCCUUUGUUUGAAUAUGCAGAGACCCAGAAUUGAGGACUGUUUUGUUCUGUUUUGGUUUGGGUUUUUUUUCCAUGCUGGUCAAAUCCAAGGCCUUGCACAUGCUAUACAGGUCAAUCAGGUCUCCUCAGGCAGUGUCUUGGAACCAUGGGCAGAGCCUCUCAGCUACUGUCAUUGUCAACCAUCAGGAUAUGUCACGGCCUUGCUUGACCAUGUUGCAUUCUGUGAAAGCAUAGGAGACAUUUUUCUUCCAGCCCUGGACUUUGUCUCUCAAGAUGAAAUGUUGACGCCACUGGGAAGAUUGGACAAGUAUGCUGCGAGUGAGAACGUGUUUAACAGACAAAUGGUGGCUCGGAGUUUGCUGGAUACAUUGAGGGAAGUCUGUGAUGAUGAAAGAGAUUGUGUUGCUGUUCUGGAAAGAAUUAGCAGAUUAGCUGAUGAUUCAGAGCCCACAGUGCGCGCAGAAUUGAUGGAGCAGGUGCCUCACCUCGCGCUGUUCUGCCAGGAGAGCCGGCCUUCCAUCCCCUGCGCCUUCUCCAAGUACCUGCUGCCUGUCGUGGUGCGGUAUCUGGCAGAUCAGAACAACCAGGUGAGGAAAACAAGCCAAGCAGCUUUACUGGCUUUGCUGGAGCAGGAGCUGAUCGAGCGCUUUGAUGUGGAGACCAAAGUGUGCCCCGUCCUCAUAGAGCUGACUGCACCCGACAGCAACGACGAUGUGAAGACAGAGGCCGUGGCCAUAAUGUGCAAGAUGGCACCCAUGGUUGGGAAGGACAUCACGGAACGUCUUAUCCUCCCGCGGUUUUGUGAAAUGUGCUGCGAUUGCAGAAUGUUCCAUGUUCGGAAGGUCUGUGCCGCCAAUUUUGGGGAUAUUUGCAGUGUCGUUGGCCAGCAAGCUACUGAGGAGAUGUUGCUGCCCAGGUUUUUCCAGCUUUGUUCCGACAACGUGUGGGGAGUCCGUAAAGCGUGUGCUGAGUGCUUCAUGGCAGUCUCGUGUGCAACAUGUCAAGAAAUCCGACGGACCAAGUUAUCAGCACAGUUUAUUAAUUUGAUCAGUGAUCCUUCACGUUGGGUUCGCCAAGCAGCUUUUCAGUCUCUGGGACCUUUCAUAUCAACUUUUGCUAAUCCAUCUAGCUCAGGCCAGUAUUUUAAAGAAGAAAGUAAAAAUUCAGAAGAUAUUUCAGAAGAUAAAAAUAGGCUUGGAGACCAAGAGGUGCCAGAUGAUAUACCUUCAGCCCUAAGUGUCACUGGCCCCGGUGCCAGAUUGGAAUGCAUGCUGGGAGACGGUGGUGCUGGAGCACCUCAGGACUCUGCACAGGAGCUGAGUGUACCGGCUCCAGCUCCGGCAGACAGCUCUUCGCUUUGUACUGGGUCCUCAGAGUCUCAUCCGGAAGCAGCUAGUAGUGACGAGGUUAAAAAGCCUGAUGGCUGCAAAUCCGCAUUCCAGCUGGAGGCUGACACCAGGUCACAAGACUCGGUGCUCCUAGAUCAGGAAUUGUACAACUCCUUCCAUUUCUGGAGGACUCCUCUUCCUGAAAUAGAUCUGGACAUCGAGCUUGAGCAGGACUCUGGGAAGAGCCUGAUCUUGGAGAGGCCAGAGGAAGCCCCUGAAGACUUCAUGCCAGGUUCUCCAAAUAUCACUAUGGCGACCAGGAAGGAGCUGGAGGAAAUGAUAGAAAACCUAGAGCCCCAUAUUGAUGACCCUGAUGUUAAAGCGCAAGUGGAGGUGCUAUCGGCCGCCCUGCGCGCCUCCAGCCUGGACACUCACACAGAAGCUGUCAGCGUGGAAAAGAGCAGUGAGCUGCAAGACGAACCGGGUAUAAAUGAACUACCAAAUUGUAAAAUAAAUCAAGAUGAUUCUGUGCCUUUAAUCAGCGAUGCUGUUGAGAGCAUGGACCCUGCCCUUCACUACGUCCACAGCGACUCAGAUGUGAGCACCAGCAGCAGCUUCAGCCCAGAUGAGGAGAGGAGGCCUAAAGUACAGGACGUGGUGCCUCAGGCUCUAUUGGAUCAGUACUUGUCUAUGACCGACCCAUCCCGCGCACAGACAGUGGACACAGAGAUCGCCAAGCACUGUGCGUACAGCCUGCCAGGGGUGGCCCUGACCCUCGGCAGGCAGAACUGGCAUUGCCUGAGAGAGACCUAUGAGACCUUGGCCUCUGACAUGCAGUGGAAAGUUCGAAGGACCUUAGCUUUCUCCAUCCACGAGCUCGCAGUUAUUCUCGGAGAUCAGUUGACAGCUGCGGAUCUGGUUCCAAUAUUUAAUGGAUUUUUAAAAGACCUGGACGAAGUCAGGAUAGGUGUCCUUAAACACUUGCAUGAUUUUCUGAAGCUUCUUCAUAUUGACAAAAGAAGAGAGUAUCUGUAUCAACUCCAGGAGUUUUUGGUGACAGACAAUAGCAGAAACUGGCGCUUCCGAGCCGAGCUGGCCGAACAGCUGAUCUUACUUCUGGAGCUGUACAGCCCCAGAGACGUUUAUGACUAUCUGCGCCCCAUCGCUCUGAACCUGUGUGCAGACAAGGUGUCCUCCGUCCGCUGGAUCUCCUACAAGCUGGUCAGCGAGAUGGUGAAGAAGCUGCAUGCAGCCUCACCCCCAACCUUUGGCGCAGAUCUCAUCCGGGAACUGGUGGAGAACUUCGGCAGGUGCCCCCGGUGGUUGGGCCGCCAGGCCUUCGUCUUUGUGUGCCAGACUGUCAUCGAGGACGACUGCCUCCCCAUGGACCAGUUUGCUGUGCACCUCAUGCCACACCUGCUCAUGCUGGCCAACGACAGGGUUCCGAACGUCAGAGUGCUGCUCGCCAAGACUCUGAGGCAGACGCUCCUGGAGAAAGAGUAUUUCCUCGCCUCUGCCAGCUGCCACCAGGAGGCUGUGGAGCAGACUAUCAUGGCCCUGCAGAUGGACCGCGACAGUGACGUCAAGUACUUCGCCAGCAUCCACCCUGCCAGCACCAAGAUCUCUGAAGACGCCAUGAGCACAGCCUCCUCCACGUACUAGUCAGCCCCAGCCUCGGCCCGC